UUGAUAUAUUGAACGUGGCCUAUUACAUGUACAUCUCUUACGUUUAUCAGUAAGAGUUUUCAUAUUAAUAUAUUGAACGUUCACACACACCGCAGUCAUUGUUAUGCAUAUUAUGUGCAAAUCCUUUCGUAGCCAGAUACACGUCAUGUACCUGUCUGCCUGGAUCAUACGUUGACACUGUAACGCGCUCGCUGUUCUAUAAUCGGGCGAAUAGUUUUUCUUUCUUCUGGCGGCGUCCACGAUGGCAAAACUACAGAGAAAGGAAAACGGCAUCGACCACAACGACAGUCAGUUGCUUCUCGAGCAACAGCAUCGUCGGUCAUCACAAGGCAGUCCAGGAAUAUCGGUGAAUCGAGAGUUCGGUUUCGAAACCUUCGAGCUCCACUCGCCUUUCGCUAACUUGAACACUAGUGGCAUUUCCGCGCUAAACCUUCCACAAGCUAUCCGUGAGAACAAUGUAGCAUUGGUAAGGCAGUAUUCUCAGAUGGAAGAUGUAAACACUGUGGACAGCAGUGGUCUGACAGCAUUGCAUCACGCUGCUAGUUCCAAUCAAAAUGAAAUGGUGAUUAUGCUCUUGGAUAACAAAGCGGAUAUCAACUGCCAAGGCCAGCAACUUCUCACGCCGUUACACGUUGCCGUUCGCUACAACAGUUCUGAGGCUGUAAAAACACUGAUGGAGUACAACGCAGACCCGUCUUUGAAAGACGCUGACGGUGCUACGCCGCUUCAUUUCGCAGCUCGUCACGGCUGUGUAGAAACGUCCACGCUUAUGCUCAGUAAUAGUCUAUCAUCUGUUAACUGUCCAGAUAACAGUGGUAUGACACCGUUCCAUUUGGCUUGCGCGCACGGCAGUCUCGAGCUGUGCGAAUUGUUCUUGGAGCACAGAGCAGAUAUUCGCGCGCGGACCGUGGAAGAGAAAAGUCCGUUGCAUCUGGCUGCCUUGCACGGAAACAAAGAUGUCGUACAGCUUUUAAUCAAGGAAGCAUCCCUUGAAUUCGAGAAUGCCUCAUACUUCAUCGACGCUCCCGAUUUUGAAGAAAACACCGCCCUCCAUUUGGCAUGUCAUAAAGGUUACAAGGAAAUUGCAGAGCUUCUGCUGAGCCAGGGAACUGACUUGGUGGAUGGGAAGACACACUGUGGCCGACACACGCCCUUGCAUCUUGCGGCUGCCUACGGACACGUGGACGUGGUUGAGUUGCUGAUGUCUCACGGUGCACCAGUUGAUUGCAGGGACGAGCUGCAGAGGACUCCACUUCUAAGAGCCGCGGAGUUCGACCGUGUAGAUACAGUGAAAUAUUUGCUAAAUAAUGGAGCGGACAUCGAAGCCAAGGACAACGAGAAUCGUACUGCGUUCAAUUUGGCAGUGAAACGAGGCAGGACGAAAACUGCUGAGCUGCUCCUGGAGUCUGGAGCUGAAAUGAAGUCACGUGACGCUUCUCGUAGGACUUGUAUACACCUUGCAGUGAUGCACGAGCGGUUGGAAACUUUGCGCAUGCUCCUCAAUCGGGAACAAGGACAAUUAAUAAAUGAGACAGACAAGGAUUUACGAACCCCACUGCAUUAUGCUGCAAGUUUAGGAAGUCUUAAGGUAAAGCUGAAGUUCCAUUUGCAUUUGCAUGUCCUGAACGGUUCUUCUCUUGUAGAAGUUAUUGAUGCGUAUUAUAACCACAACAUUGUACCGAUGAAAAUGACAAAGCAACUGAUUCCCAAUCGAGGUUUCGUUGAUAACAUUGAUUUACUGCAUUACUUUUCUUCUUUCAGCUACAACAGUUCUGAGGCUGUAAAAACACUGAUGGAGUACAACGCAGACCCGUCUUUGAAAGACGCUGACGGUGCUACGCCGCUUCAUUUCGCAGCUCGUCACGGCUGUGUAGAAACGUCCACGCUUAUGCUCAGUAAUAGUCUAUCAUCUGUUAACUGUCCAGAUAACAGUGGUAUGACACCGUUCCAUUUGGCUUGCGCGCACGGCAGUCUCGAGCUGUGCGAAUUGUUCUUGGAGCACAGAGCAGAUAUUCGCGCGCGGACCGUGGAAGAGAAAAGUCCGUUGCAUCUGGCUGCCUUGCACGGAAACAAAGAUGUCGUACAGCUUUUAAUCAAGGAAGCAUCCCUUGAAUUCGAGAAUGCCUCAUACUUCAUCGACGCUCCCGAUUUUGAAGAAAACACCGCCCUCCAUUUGGCAUGUCAUAAAGGUUACAAGGAAAUUGCAGAGCUUCUGCUGAGCCAGGGAACUGACUUGGUGGAUGGGAAGACACACUGUGGCCGACACACGCCCUUGCAUCUUGCGGCUGCCUACGGACACGUGGACGUGGUUGAGUUGCUGAUGUCUCACGGUGCACCAGUUGAUUGCAGGGACGAGCUGCAGAGGACUCCACUUCUAAGAGCCGCGGAAUUUGACCGUGUAGAUACAGUGAAAUAUUUGCUAAACAAUCGAGCGGACAUCGAAGCCAAGGACAACGAGAAUCGUACUGCGUUCGUUUUGGCAGCGAAACGAGAAAUGACAAAGCAACUGAUUCCCAAUCGAGGUUUCGUUGAUAACAUUGAUUUACUGCAUUACUUUUCUUCUUUCAGCUACAACAGUUCUGAGGCUGUAAAAACACUGAUGGAGUACAACGCAGACCCGUCUUUGAAAGACGCUGACGGUGCUACGCCGCUUCAUUUCGCAGCUCGUCACGGCUGUGUAGAAACGUCCACGCUUAUGCUCAGUAAUAGUCUAUCAUCUGUUAACUGUCCAGAUAACAGUGGUAUGACACCGUUCCAUUUGGCUUGCGCGCACGGCAGUCUCGAGCUGUGCGAAUUGUUCUUGGAGCACAGAGCAGAUAUUCGCGCGCGGACCGUGGAAGAGAAAAGUCCGUUGCAUCUGGCUGCCUUGCACGGAAACAAAGAUGUCGUACAGCUUUUAAUCAAGGAAGCAUCCCUUGAAUUCGAGAAUGCCUCAUACUUCAUCGACGCUCCCGAUUUUGAAGAAAACACCGCCCUCCAUUUGGCAUGUCAUAAAGGUUACAAGGAAAUUGCAGAGCUUCUGCUGAGCCAGGGAACUGACUUGGUGGAUGGGAAGACACACUGUGGCCGACACACGCCCUUGCAUCUUGCGGCUGCCUACGGACACGUGGACGUGGUUGAGUUGCUGAUGUCUCACGGUGCACCAGUUGAUUGCAGGGACGAGCUGCAGAGGACUCCACUUCUAAGAGCCGCGGAGUUCGACCGUGUAGAUACAGUGAAAUAUUUGCUAAAUAAUGGAGCGGACAUCGAAGCCAAGGACAACGAGAAUCGUACUGCGUUCAAUUUGGCAGUGAAACGAGGCAGGACGAAAACUGCUGAGCUGCUCCUGGAGUCUGGAGCUGAAAUGAAGUCACGUGACGCUUCUCGUAGGACUUGUAUACACCUUGCAGUGAUGCACGAGCGGUUGGAAACUUUGCGCAUGCUCCUCAAUCGGGAACAAGGACAAUUAAUAAAUGAGACAGACAAGGAUUUACGAACCCCACUGCAUUAUGCUGCAAGUUUAGGAAGUCUUAAGAUUCUUCAACUACUGCUGGAGAAGAUGUGCAUUGUGGCUCCCAAAGAUGUGUUUGGCAGGUGCCCACUGCAUGCCGCUGCAGAAAACGGUCACGUGACCUGUGUAGAGCAGCUCUGUGUUUCUGAACCUGGGCAUGUUAAUGACAGAGAUGAACGCGGGCUCACUCCUCUUCACCUGGCAGCACGUGGAAGCCACAGGAAAACGUGUAUUUUACUAUUGAGCAUGGGUGCGAACCCCAUUAUUCGAGACAGUAACCGCUGGACAGCACUGCACCAUUGUGCGGCUGGCGGAUGCAUCAGCACUGCUGAGAUUUUGCUCGUGAAUCACUCCAUGCGCCUGAUGGAAGCAGCUGAUCAAGAAGGCAACACUGCCCUUCACGUGGCUGCGAAAUACGGUCACGAGGGCAUUGUAGAGCUUAUUCUAUCACGUGGUGGUGACAUUAAAGCACGUAAUAAGAAGAGGUUGACGUGUUUGGAUGUAGCUAUUGAGUUUGGCAAGGAAAAGGUCGCCGAGGUUCUUAUCAAGAACGACAAAUGGAUGAACAUUCUUCAGUACACAGUGGACAGGAGAGCAAAUCCAAUGAAAAACCUGAUCCAGAGUAUGCCUAGACUUGCCGAGCUUGUUAUGGAUAGAUGCGUGACUCGCUCAGAUCAUCCAAGGGGUGACCCUGAGUAUUCCGUAACCUUUGACUUCAGUCUUCUUGUAAACCAGGGUAAAGAAGACGGAGAUCCGGGCCAACGGGAACGCUUCUUCGGUCCAGCUACUAUGGUCGAAUGUGAGCGGGAAAGACUCCUAACGCACCCAUUGUCUCAAGCUCUCCUUCAUUGGAAGUGGUCAACCUUAGGCAAGCCUUUGUUCUGGUUAAACUUUCUGACAUACAUCUCGUUUGUUAUCCUGCUGACUGUAUUCGCGGUGACAGAAAGAGUCAAGCAGCGUUUGCUAACUCCCGGCGCGUCAAACGCCACGGAGGAAGACGACAAAAUCUUCAACUUCAGAACCAAGUUUUCAACUGGAACCCCUAUUUUGAUCGUGAUCUUCAUCUGCAUUCACAUGAUCAAAGAACUGUACCAAAUUACAGUUCAAAAGUGGAGAUAUUUUACUCACUUCACGAAUUACACAGAAUGGUGUUGUUACCUCACUGCACUGUGCUACGUCGCGCCUUACUUGAAGGGAGAGAACAUUUUUCGGAAGACAAUGGCGUUGUGGCCCCUUGCAACGACAGUGAUUUUGCUGUCCUAUACGAAUCUGAUUUUGUUCCUGCGACGUUUCACGUACUUUGGCAUCUACAUUUUGAUGUUCAUUGAAGUAACUAAAACCCUGUUUAGAGUGCUAAACAUAUUUAUUCCGAUGAUAUUUGCCUUCUCCUUGGCCUUUUUUCUGCUACUUAAAGAACAGUCUUUUUUCAGCAGUCUGCCGUGGUCUUUUUUCAAGACAUUUAUAAUGAUGAUAGGCGAGAUUGACUACGGCUCCAUCAUAGUCGAGGCCAAGGACCAGAACAACGAGGAGACUGGGGCCCCUCUUGCUCCUAUCCCAGGGUUCUCUGCGGCUAUCAUCUGCUUGUUCUGUGUGAUGGUUUCCGUUAUACUCAUGAAUCUGUUGGUGGGUUUGGCGGUUGGAGAUAUUGAUAGCAUUCAGCGCAACGCCAACUUAAGGAGACUAGCCAUGCAGGUUGAAUUUGUGGCUGAUAUUGAUCAGCGGUUCCCACUUUGGUUGAGGAGGCAUUUCCAGAAAUCAGAAUUGGUAGUGAAACCACACCAAAAGAACUAUUUGAUGUUCAUGCGCCGAAUACAACUUAAGCUGUUUCCAACAAAAAAUAUUGUAACCGAUGAACGUGGCGAUGACGAAGGCGAAGAAGACGAAGGGAGAAACAACGAGAUGUCCAUUGAGCUUGCCAAGCAACGAGGCCAGAUCAGACGUCUCCAGAAGACUGUAGAUGAUCAGUCCAGACUCCUUCAGGAAAUCUCUCAUCAGCUGAAACAAACCGCGCGAUUACUGGGCACUGCCGAGGGCUCGGUCCAAGAGACUACUCUCUAAUUACAAAAACGCGACCUAACGCAUUCAGGGCUCACCUUAAUUAACUGCGAAAAUUCCC